CAACAAAGAUUGCUUUUCCAAAAUCUAUGCUUUUGGAGACUCGUAUACCGACACUGGCAACGCUUACUGGUUGGGUGGUCUCACCAUUCCUGUCGGUGCUACAUCGGGAAAACCCACGAAUCCACCCCCUUGUGCUGGUGUCACAAAUUCUCCCCCCAGCUCAACUACCUCGAGAAAAGUCGCAACUCCACCCCCUUUUGCUAGUGUCACAAACUCUCCCCAGAGCUCAACUACACCCCCUUCUGCUGGUUCUACAAACUCUCCCAACAGCCCAACUGCCACAAACCCACCCCCUUCUCCUGGUGUCACAAACUCUCCCCAGAGCUCAACUACACCCCCUUCUGCUUCUGCUGGUUCUACAAACUCUCCCAACAGCCCAACUACCACAAACCCACCCCCCUCUCCUGUUGUCACAAACUCUCCCCAGAGCUCACUCCACCCCCUUCUGCUGGUUCUACAAACUCUCCCAACAGCCAACACUACCACAAACCACACCCUUCUGUUGGUGCAACAAACUCUACUCACAGCUCAACUACUGAUGGGAAACCUGCAAACCGGCUUAGUGAUGGCCGCCUGGUUAUUGAUUUCGUCUGUGAAUCUCUUUCCCUGCCUCCCUGCCACCCUACAAAGACAGUUCUGCCAACUUCACACAUGGUUGUAA